UACUAAGCAGCUUUGGUUCAGUUUUGACUCACUCAAGUUUAGAGAAUGGAAUCUACAAAAAUCCUAUUCCAAGAACUCGGGCCCUCAGGUAUCCACCAUGGUGUUCGGUCCUGAACAGAAGAUGUCAGAUGGCAAUGCUUUUGGAGACCAUGGGGACACUGCCAGUCUUGGUGCCUUCAACCCUGCCUACAGUAACUCCUCUCUUCCACAGUCCACGGAGCACUCAGAGGAGCCCUUUGACACCUACUUUAAUGAGAAGAUCACCAUUCCUGAGGAGGAGUACUCUUGUUUUAGCUUUCAUAAACUCUGCGCCUUCACGGGACCGGGCUUUCUUAUGAGCAUCGCUUUCCUGGAUCCGGGAAACAUUGAAGCCGAUUUGCAGUCUGGAGCAGUGGCUGGAUUUCAGUUGCUCUGGGUCCUGCUGUUGGCCACCAUCGUGGGGCUGCUGCUCCAGAGGCUCGCAAUUAGACUGGGAGUGAUCACUGGGCUGCAUCUUGCUCAAGUGUGUCACCGUCAGUAUCCCAAGGUCCCACGAAUCAUCCUAUGGCUGAUGGUGGAGUUGGCUAUUAUUGGCUCAGAUAUGCAAGAAGUCAUUGGCUCAGCCAUUGCCAUCAAUCUUCUGUCUUUAGGAAGGGUUCCUCUAUGGGGUGGAGUCCUCAUCACCAUUGCAGAUACCUUUAGCUUUCUCUGUUUGGACAAAUAUGGCUUGCGGAAGCUAGAAGCAUUUUUUGGCUUUCUGAUCACUGUUAUGGCCCUCACAUUUGGAUAUGAGUAUGUUACAGUGAAACCCAGCCAGAGCCAGGUACUGAAGGGCAUGUUCGUGCCAUCCUGUUCAGGCUGUCACACCCCACAGAUCCAGCAGGCUGUGGGCAUCGUGGGAGCUGUCAUCAUGCCACACAACAUGUACCUGCAUUCUGCCUUAGUCAAGUCUAGACAGGUAAACCGGAAUAAUAAACAGGAAGUUCGAGAAGCCAACAAGUACUUUUUCACUGAAUCAUGCAUUGCUGUCUUUAUUUCCUUCAUCAUCAACGUCUUUGUUAUGUCAGUCUUUGCUGAAGCAUUUUUUGAGAAAACCAACGAACAGGUGGUUGAAGUCUGUCAAAAUAGCAGCAGUCCCCAUGCUGGCGUCUUUCCUAACGAUAACACAACACUGGCUGUGAACAUCUACAAAGGGGGUAUUGUGCUGGGAUGUUACUUUGGGCCUGCUGCACUGUACAUCUGGGCAGUGGGCAUCCUGGCUGCAGGACAGAGCUCCACCAUGACAGGAACCUACUCUGGCCAGUUUGUCAUGGAGGGAUUCCUGAACCUAAAAUGGUCACGCUUUGCCCGAGUGAUUCUGACCCGCUCUAUUGCCAUCAUUCCCACUCUGCUUGUUGCUGUCUUCCAAGAUGUAGAGCAUCUAACAGGGAUGAAUGAUUUCCUGAACGUUCUGCAGAGCUUACAGCUUCCUUUUGCUCUUUUACCCAUCCUCACGUUUACAAGCUUGCGGCCAGUAAUGAGUGACUUUGCCAAUGGAAUAGGCUGGAGGAUCGCAGGCGGGAUCCUGGUCCUUAUCGUGUGUUCCAUCAACAUGUAUUUUGUAGUGAUUUAUGUCCAGGAACUAGGUCAUGUGGCAUUAUACGUGGUGGCUGCUGUGGUCAGUGUGGCUUAUCUGGGCUUUGUGUUCUACUUGAGUUGGCAAUGCUUGAUUGCACUGGGUAUGUCCUUCCUGGACUGUGGGCACACGGUAAGCAUCUCUAAAGGCCUGCUGACCGAAGAAGCCACCGGUGGCUAUGCUAAGUAAACACUGGAUUAGUCUGUCUGUCUCCUGCAGGUAGCCAUCAGAGCCAGUGUGUUUCUAUGGUUUACUGUGUGAACAUAGCUCAAAGUAUGUGCUGAUGCACAGACUGCAUUUAGGACUCAAGUGCUGGUUGGGGGAGACCUUCUUUCAUAUGUGUUUGAAAGAUGGAGUUAUUUUUCUUUUCUUGAUCUCCUAACCUGGUAACUGGAUUAGGUAGGAUCUUUGAAAAGCUGACAUUUGCUACUGUCAUUCCAACACUAAACUCUUAAGUAGCUGCCUAAGGGCUAUCUAGCUUGUUUUAUCCCUUUGAGAGAUAAUCAUCUGUGCAUGAUUCUUGACCAGGCCAUAUGUUUCAAAAAUUUUCAGAAAGUGCAAAACAUUUUUCAUAAUACAAACAAGAGAAUGAGUAUAUAAGUUUUGUUUACCAAAAUAGACUGGAUUUUCAAAGGCAGAUUAAUUCUUCUUAUGCAUACCCUUUCAGUUAUUGUAAUCAUACAAAAAUCUCAACUAGGGUGGUCAUCCAGAUGAA